CGCGGCGGCGGUUGGGUGUGACGCGCCCCUCGGCCCCAACCCGCCAUGGAGGAGCCUCUGCUGGUCGCCCCCAUCAACCCCAACAACUUCCCGGCCAAGCUGUGGCGCCUGGUGAACAGCCCGCGGUUCCGCUCCAUCCGCUGGGACACCCGCGGCGAGGGGCUGCUCAUCGACCAGCCGCUCUUCGAGGCCGAGUUACUGGGCGCCGGGCCGGGCCUUGGGGCGGGGCCGGGGGGCGACGGGGGCGCGGCCGCCUCGGCCGAGCUCUUCAAGACCACCAACUUCACCAGCUUCAUCCGGCAGCUCAACCUGUACGGCUUCCGCAAGGUGGUGCUGGGCCCGCCGGGCGGCUCCUCGGCCGCGCCCGGGCCCGGGCCAGCGGGCGGCGGCUCCUCCGGGCCCCUGCACCACUUCCACAGCCCGCACUUCCGCCGCGACCGCCCCGACCUGCUCGUCCACCUCAAGAGACUCACCAGUGCCAACAAGGCCAAGCUCGCGGCCGGCCUGGAGGUGACCAGCCGCCCGCCCAACCGCUUCCAGCGGCUGCUCAGCACCUCGCUGCACGGGGACCCGCUCGUGUCGCCGCCGGGGCCCGGCAAGGCCGAGAAGCCCGGUGAGGCUGGGGGCGGGCAGCACCAGGGGCACGUGCUCGCUGCGGGCGGUGCAUGGAGAAUGUCAGCUCAGCAACCGGGAAUAUGGGGAGGGCCAGGAGCACUGACAAUAGGACAGUUUCAUCGGUCUUUUCGGCGAGACAGUUUAUCUCCUUACUCCUAUGUAUCUGCUUCAUCCCACAACCACAGCACUUUAUCAUCGAAAGGUUCAGAUCGGACUCCAAUCCCUCCCAGAACAUGGCAGAACUCCCUUGGGAUGCUUCCAGGGCAGGUGGAGACUUCCCCAACAUUUUCAGACAAAGGGGUUCCAUUUCCUGUACUCCAGAGGUUUCCAACAGAGGUCACGUACACUCUCCAACCCAGUGCCACAUCUAUGCACAUACAACAAGGACCUCAGACAAUGGCCACUUCUUCCCAGAAAUAUAGCAACUACACACCUUCAGCACAGUACUCCCAAACCUACUACCCAACAGCUGUGUUACAGUGCUGCUCACCUACGGCUCACCUAGAUCCUCUUAGUGGCUGUGGCAGUCCUACAGCCUCAACCUACGCACACUGCAGCUAUUUCCAGAAUCCUCCAAUGCAGUCAUCAUACCCAGUUGAAUUUUUGCCAUCUAACUGGCCAUGCAAUACAUCUGAUGAAAACAAGAAGACAGAAGUAAACCUAGAGGCUGUCUUUCAGAUUGUAGAUGAGAUGCAUUCAUCCCCCAAGCUAGAGAUGGUGAAGGUGGAACCUGUGGAGAACCAGUGUCCAACCCCGCAGCCUAAUGCAGGCCAGCAAUUGAUAGUUAAUCCUGGGACUAAUGAUGCACCUUCCUCGAGUCAUGCCAGCCAGCUGGAGCCUCUUACACCUGUAGGUUCUGAUAUUACAUUUAUGGUGGGAACAGAUCAAGCAAUAGCCUGUUCUCUGCCACAGUCUUCUGAAUUUAUUUAUACUAUCCAAACCACCGAGCCUGUAGAGAAUACUGCUGCACAAAUAGUGCGAGAACCUGCAGCCACACAGGAAGAACAUGCAAAACUGAAAGAACAGAUGAGCCAUGCUUCAGCUCAGUCUUCAGUGAUGUUUCUUCAGGAGGGACUGCCAUUCAGUCCACAGCAGGUGGAUCCCAGUAUUAAGUGUCAAACCAGUCCAUCGGAGACAGUUGUGUCUUCGGAGCAGGUAGGAUUCCUUAUUUCAGAUGUGGAACCUGUGAGCAGAUCUGUCAAAGACACAGCUUCAUCCAUACAAACCAGGUGCAGAGAGAGAAGAAGCAGUUCACAGAAGGGCAAGUCUCCUGAUCUCCAUCUACUGGUGGAUGUAGCUUGCAAACAGGAGCACUUUCCAAAAGAAGAAUUAAGAGAGUGAGAAGUGGGUGACAAGCAUGUGAAAAUGUGCAGUAACUGCCAACUGGGUUCUCCAUAUCAGACCCCAGAGGCAGUGCUUUGCACACAAUAUGCACUUUGGAACUUUUCAACUGUUUAAAAAAAAAAUCUCUUUCCUUUUGCUUUUGUUGUGAGUUUUAUGGGGAACUAGUCACUUCAUUGUUUACUGAAUCUCUUUUGUUACAUUUUCUACUUUGACAGAUUGUAAAACAUCUAGCGGCCAGAGUGUUUAAUAUGUAGUAAUUUGUAAGUUUCUAAAAUUGCUUAGAAACAAAAAGCUUGGACUCUCUGUAAACAGGAAACCUUAAAAGCCUCCGCAAGACUUUCUUACUGGGGAGCAAGCUGUUUCUCAUGUUGUAUUUGGAAUCUCUCUACUUCACUUUGUUGGGGAGUAUAGUCAGCACAGCCCCAGUUUUGUGCUAACAGUGCAUCUCCUUGGAGUUACUGCAGCCCUUUAAAGGGAAUUGUAUGAGAAACAAAAACAUUGGGAGGUCACAAGAUUCCAGGUCUGAGUGAGUCAGGGAUUCCAGGAGAGAAAAGUGAGCUCAUUUUCUAAGUGAUUACUCAGGAAAUGCUCUUCCUUCCAAGCACAGUGCUCUGUUUCAUCAGCAAGUGUGUCCAACUGAUGAACAUCCACCACACACAACAGCCGCUGGAUCUUUUACAUAAAUGAAACAUUCUUCUGUUUUAAUAAUUUCAUUUGAUUCUAGCGAUAUCUAUAAUGGUAAGUCAUCUCUUUGUUUACUGCAUUGCUUAUUUUAAGUAGGUCUUCACAAGACACUUGUUUAAUAUAAUUUUAUUUAUAUUGACAGUAGAGUUAAGGUUUUUAACAGCUAUGUAUUUGUAUUAAUAUUUAUUGUUGAAAUACUGACAGAGGGAUAAAGGAUGCAUGUGCAAUAUUUGUUGUGUUAGGAUAAUAUAUGUGAAUGAGGCAGCAUUGAAAAAUGUAACUCUAAUUGUUUCCUGCCUGUUCAUGUAUCUUUAUAGUCAGUGAGACUCAGUCCAAUAUAAUUGGGAAAAUGCACAAGGAAGAAACAGAGCGAAUAGGCCUUUAUUUGUCAGAAACCAAGUUAUGGCCUCUAAAUCUUUCUACAGCUUACAGCUAUGUUCAGGACCUCACAGAAAAACUCUGGAUGGUAGGAUGAACCAAGAUCAGACCUUUUAAACCCCUACCAAGGCUCCAGACUAGAAAGUUGGAAGCUGGGGGAUGCUCUUGGUCAUGGCACACUAGCAGGAGUACUGCUAUACUGACCUUCCUCAGAGCUGCCAUUUUACAUCUUUUGUUGUAUGCAUACAGUAAGUUUUCAGAGGCCUUGAAUGUUUUAGGGGGUUGCAUCUUCUCAGGCCCUGCAGUCAAAUUAGAAUAUGUGGAAACCCAAUAGGAAAAAGUGGACUUUAUACAUUCAAAUAGUUAAAGGGAAAAGGAGUUCAGCAAUACUGCAGGAACACUGAAAUCUGAGUUUGGUUUGUUGCACCCCAGGCUGGCAGGGCUUGGGACUACUGCAGAGGAUGCUGUUGGAAUAGGGGAGAGCCUCAUUACCCUCUAGCAGUUUCUGCCAUUAAGGGACUGAUGGCAGGUUUUGAAGAGAGUCCUGUGUAGUUCAGCUGCCCUGACUAAGAAGUGAAUAUGAAGUUAUAGGGAUCACUGGAAUUCUGCAUUGCCAGACUGGAGCUGUUACAUAUGAAGUAAGGAAGCUUCCUGUCUUAACUUUCUCAGUCCUGUCUACACCAAAAGAUGUGAUGUUCUUUUGGAGAGGUGAGUCAAGGAGUCUUGGCAUGGUUUAAGGUUCUGUUGUUUUAAUGAUUAAUUACGAAAUCCUAGUAUUUAUUACCUUUCUGAAUUAAAAAAGGCCAUGGAGCUGGAUCUCCUGCCAUACUUUACAUGCACAGUACUAUCAGCUGUAGCUUUCCUUAUCCUUCAUUAACUCUCAGGCACAUUGUGAGAGGGCAGAAGAGAAAGGACAUUCACUGUGUAAAGAAAUCCGUUUAGUAUUGCACAAAACAAACAAGUCUUGGGUAACCUGGCAGACUGGACAUCUCAAUAUUUCGGCACUUUUAGCAUGGAUGUAUUUCAGUCAGUAAAUAAUAAAGUGUGACUGCUCCAACCA